AUGAACAUUCUUUUCCUCUACACUAAUUUACAAUAUCAAACAAUAUAUGACAGUUAUAUCUUGAAAAUCAAUUCUACUACUACUACUACUACUACUACUACUACUACUACUACUACUACUACUACUACUACUACUACUACUACUACUACUACUACUACUACUACUACUACUACUACUACUACUACUACUACUACUACUACUACUACUACUACUACUACUACUACUACUACUACUACUACUACUACUACUACUACUACUACUACUACUACUACUACUACUACUACUACUACUACUACUACUACUACUACUACUACUACUACUACUACUACUACUACUACUACUACUACUACUACUACUACUACUACUACUACUACUACUACUACUACUACUACUACUACUACUACUACUACUACUACUACUACUACUACUACUACUACUACUACUACUACUACUACUACUACUACUACUACUACUACUACUACUACUACUACUACUACUACUACUACUACUACUACUACUACUACUACUACUACUACUACUACUACUACUACUACUACUACUACUACUACUACUACUACUACUACUACUACUACUACUACUACUACUACUACUACUACUACUACUACUACUACUACUACUACUACUACUACUACUACUACUACUACUACUACUACUACUACUACUACUACUACUACUACUACUACUACUACUACUACUACUACUACUACUACUACUACUACUACUACUACUACUACUACUACUACUACUACUACUACUACUACUACUACUACUACUACUACUACUACUACUACUACUACUACUACUACUACUACUACUACUACUACUACUACUACUACUACUACUACUACUACUACUACUACUACUACUACUACUACUACUACUACUACUACUACUACUACUACUACUACUACUACUACUACUACUACUACUACUACUACUACUACUACUACUACUACUACUACUACUACUACUACUACUACUACUUCUACUACUACUACUACUACUACUACUACUACUACUACUACUACUACUACUACUACUACUACUACUACUACUACUACUACUACUACUACUACUACUACUACUACUACUACUACUACUACUACUACUACUACUACUACUACUACUACUACUACUACUACUACUACUACUACUACUACUACUACUACUACUACUACUACUACUACUACUACUACUACUACUACUACUACUACUACUACUACUACUACUACUACUACUACUACUACUACUACUACUACUACUACUACUACUACUACUACUACUACUACUACUACUACUACUACUACUACUACUACUACUACUACUACUACUACUACUACUACUACUACUACUACUACUACUACUACUACUACUACUACUACUACUACUACUACUACUACUACUACUACUACUACUACUACUACUACUACUACUACUACUACUACUACUACUACUACUACUACUACUACUACUACUACUACUACUACUACUACUACUACUACUACUACUACUACUACUACUACUACUACUACUACUACUACUACUACUACUACUACUACUACUACUACUACUACUACUACUACUACUACUACUACUACUACUACUACUACUACUACUACUACUAAUACCUUACUAGGCUGA